AGAUUAUGGCGAAAAAAUACGAAGGACGUGCGGUGGGAAUAGACCUUGGAACAACGUAUUCCUGUGUUGCUGUGUGGCUUGAUGAACACAAUAGAGUCGAAAUUAUUCACAAUGAACAAGGCAACAGAACAACACCUUCUUUUGUUGCUUUCACGAAUGAUCAAAGGUUGAUUGGUGAUGCUGCCAAAAAUCAGGCUGCCUCUAACCCAUCCAACACUGUCUUUGAUGCAAAGAGGUUGAUUGGAAGGAAAUAUAGCGAUUCUGUUAUUCAGAAUGAUAUUCUGUUGUGGCCAUUUAAGGUUGUUGCUGGUUCUGAUGACAAGCCUGAUAUCAUUGUUAAGUAUAAGGGCGAGGAAAAGCACUUUUGUGCCGAGGAAAUAUCAUCCAUGAUCCUUACAAAGAUGCGCGAGAUUGCAGAGAAGUUUUUGGAGUCACCUGUCAAGAAUGCAGUUGUUACUGUGCCGGCUUAUUUCAAUGAUUCUCAACGAAAAGCCACAAAAGAUGCUGGUGCAGUUGCCGGCCUCAAUGUUAUGCGGAUAAUUAAUGAACCAACUGCUGCUGCCCUUGCAUAUGGCCUUCAAAAGAGAAUAAAUAACAUCGGAAAACGAAAUGUGUUCAUCAUUGAUCUUGGUGGUGGCACUUUCGAUGUGUCUCUUCUCACACUAAAAGAUGAUAGCUUUGAUGUAAUAGCUACUGCCGGAGAUACUCACCUAGGUGGAGAGGACUUUGAUAACAGAAUGUUGAACCAUUUAGUGAUGGAGUUUAAGAGGAAGAAUAAAGUGGACAUUGGUGGAAACCCGAGGGCCCUUAGGAGGUUGAGAACUGCAUGUGAGAGGGCUAAAAGGACACUGUCAUUUGAUACUGAGACUACAAUUGACAUAGAUGCUAUACACGACGGAAUUGACUUCAAUAUGUUAUUAAGUCGGGCCAAGUUUGAGCAACUCAAUAUGGAUCUUUUUGAAAAUUGUUUGGCGAUUGUCAAGAGUUGUCUUACUGAUGCUAUGAUGGACAAGAACAAUGUAGAUGAUGUUGUACUUGUUGGUGGAUCAUCUAGGAUUCUCAAAGUGCAGCAGCUAUUGCAGGACUUUUUUAAGGGGAAGGAUAUUUGCAGUAGCAUCAACCCGGAUGAAGCUGUUGCUUAUGGUGCAGCUGUUCAGGCUGCUCUGCUUUGUGAUGGUAUUAAGAAUGUUCCUAAUUUGGUGUUGCAAGAUGUUACUCCAUUGUCUCUUGGCACGUCAGUACUUGACGAUAUCAUGGAUGUAGUGAUUCCUAAGAACACUUCUUUUCCAAUAAAGAGGAAACGAACAUUCUGCACACUUGAAGAUGACCAAUCCGAUGUCAAAAUUGAUGUUUACGAGGGUGAGAGAAUGGUUGUAGGUGAGAACAAUUUGCUUGGUUUGUUUGAUCUCGAAGUUCGUCGUGCACCUCGUGGACAUAUAAUCCAGGUAUGUUUUGAUAUAGAUGCUGAUGGUAUAUUAAAUGUCUCCGCAAAGGAAGAAACAAGUGGUAACAAGAAAGAAAUUACAAUUACGAAUGAAAAUGGAAGACUAUCAAGGGAAGAAAUUGAGAGAAAGAUUAAAGAAGCUGAGUACUUCAAGUCUGAAGACAUGAAGUUUAUGGAGAAGGUUAGAGCAGUGAAUGCUUUGGAGGAUUACAUUUAUAGAAUGAGGAAAGUAAUGAAGGAUGAUAGCGUUACUUCAAAGCUCACUCCUGUUGAGAAAUUGGAAAUCAAUUCUGCAAUUAUAAAGGGAGAAAAUUUCAUUGAUGACAAGCAGAAAUAUGAGACGCUUGUGUUUGUCGACUUUCUGAGGGAGCUUGAGAGCACAUGUGAAUCAGCUUUGAGAAGUGAUUCUGAAUGAUUACCAUUGAGCAGUUUUUAGUUGCUUCAUUAGUUAUUUCAUUUGCGUUUAUGAAUUUCAGAUUCCUCAUGU